UGGUGUUAGGUAUUGCCAUGGUGCGGUUUUAUAUACAGAAAGGAACACAUAGAGGCUUAUUCAGAAGCGUUCAAAAGACGCUUAAAUUUUUCCAGACAUUUGCUUUGCUUGAGGUAGUCCACUGUGCAGUUGGGAUAGUUCGCACAUCUGUGCUUGUGACUGGGGUCCAAGUGAGUUCGAGAAUCUUCAUGGUGUGGUUCAUUGCACAUAGUAUAAAACAGAUCCAGAAUGAGGAGAGCGUUAUUCUUUUUCUGGUCGUAUGGACUGUGACAGAGAUUACUCGAUAUUCCUUCUACACAUUCAACCUGCUCAACCAUUUGCCAUACUUCAUUAAGUGGGCCAGAUACAACUUUUUUAUCAUUUUGUAUCCUGCUGGAGUUGCAGGUGAACUGCUAACCAUAUAUGCUGCUUUACCCUACGUGAAGAAAACAGGAAUGUUUUCGCUGAGACUUCCCAACAAAUAUAACGUCUCCUUUGACUACUAUUACUUCCUUAUUAUUGUCAUGUUCUCCUAUGUGCCAUUAUUUCCACAACUUUACUUCCACAUGCUGCGGCAGAGAAGAAGAGUACUUCAUGGAGAAGUGAUUGUGGAAAAGGACGACUGAAUCAAGCCGUGUAACUAUGGUGCUUUUAAUGGAAAAAAAGAGGGUAAAAAACCAAAACUUCCUGUGAUUUUUCUGAGUCCAAGUUUUAAAACAUGGAACAAGAAUAAACAACUGUGCAU